AUGGCGCAACAAAUCACCCAGAGAAAGCAGCAAGGGGAAAAAGAGGGAAUGGCAGCUAACUUCCCUCGCCCUACCUACUCAGAGCUGCAGAACCAAUACACCAACUACAAGAACGGCCUGCAACAAAUCGCCUCAAAGAUAGGUGACGUCGAGUCCGAAGCCGAAGAACACAAACUCGUCCUUGAGACCCUCGCGUCGCUUCCGGGAGAGAGGAAGUGCUUCCGGAUGAUCAACGGAGUGCUGGUGGAGCGAACGGUGAAGGACGUCGUGCCGGCGCUGAAGACGAAUUCGGAUGGGCUGAGGAAGGUCCUUGAGGACUUGGUCAAGCAGUAUAAUAGCAAACAGGUCGAGAUGGAAAAGUGGAAGGUCUGUUUAUUUCUCCCUUCUUCUUCGUUUGGGGGCCAUAUGUGCGAGGAGUUCACGUAA